AGGAUUUUACCAUCGAUGUCAACAGCCAUCAGUGCGUCCAUCUCUACACCUUCAGCCAAUGGUGUUAAAAACACAAUACAUUCAGACUCACUUCAUGUUACGGAAAGAAAUCCUUCAACCAUUUCCACCCACCAAACACCCGAUUCCACAUCUAAUCAGAAAGAUGCAGCUAGAGUACCUGUUUGCUUGAUAAAGCUAGUCCGGUCUAUUGUCAGGACGUUUUACUCCAGAGAACAUUCACUUAUCGUCGAUAUGCUGGUACGGAAUACAAUCAUGAAAGAAGACGAUCUAUGUGAAAGACUUCGAUUUGAACGGAAACAACUGAGACAGUAUCUACAUACCCUGAAAUGUGACCAAUUUAUCAAAUCUAAAUUACAGUUGGAAACGGAUGCUGAUGGGAAAACUACUAAGAUUACACAUUAUUUUAUUGAUUAUAAGCUAUUUGUUAAUGUGGUCAAAUAUCGGUUAGACCAAAUGCAACGUCGAUUGGAAGCUGAACAACGUCAAUCGACAAGUCGAGCCAGUUUCAAGUGUUCUUCGUGUAAUACAACGUAUACAGACUUGGAAGUUGAUCGGUUAAUGGAUUUCACUAAUCCAGGAAAACUUGUUUGCGUUUACUGUCGUGGUGAGGUUUGUGAAGAAGAAGAUAAUGCCUCACGUACAGAUGCACGUGCAUUGAUCGCCAAAUUUCACCACCAGGUUCGAGAUCCGAUUGAUCUGAUGCUCCGUGAAUGUGAUGAAAUACACUUGUCACCUGCUAUACUUGAACCAGAAAUUCGUCCCCUUGAACCUUUGAACGAUGAUACUGUAGAUGGAACACAAACUGCAGCUCAAAAUUCCAAUCUGGAUUGUUUGGAUUUUGGCGAGUCGAGCAAGCGAAACGCAUCCACUUUUGGUCCAACUGAAAGCAGUGUUCGAAUUGUGCUGAGUGGAAGCUCAAACGGUUCAGCUCAGGUAGUCAAGGAAAGACCUAUUUGGAUGUCUGACAGUACUAUCAGCCUCAACCCAACAACUGGAGUUAGUGAGGCCGAUUCCCAAGCAACUACCUUUUCAAACACAAUAAACUUUCAUUCAAGUCACACUGCUGACGACUCUAUUACUCAAACAAUGGCACCUGGAAGGGUACCUUCUGCAUCUACUACCACAACUAACAGUAGUUCCCAUAAUAGACUAACAGAUGCAUCUAGUUCAGUUGCUAAUAUGGUGACAAAUGCAACAAGCAGUGCAUCUACUACUUCUGGUGACAUUAUGCAGCUCUUACUAGUCCAUGAAAGACGUGGUUUACCCAGCCAGCAUGCCGCUAAAAAUACUGCAAGUAAGUGAGCGUAAUCUUGGUAGCAUACUAUUUUCGGUAUAUACUACAAAUAAUGUUUUUUUUUUAGGCCGCAACAAUGCACAGAAACCUGCAUCUCCCCAGUCGGACUCCUUGAUUCCUGCAGG